UGCUCUUCUCAAAUUUGUUUAAUGUAAUCCUCAACUCUGGCAACCACAAAAUAGUCCAUCACGAGAGAGAAGCUGCUCCACCUGCGAGAGAGAGGUCGACAAACUGUUCAUCAUUAAUAAUAACUAUGGCACCAACACAACCCCCCGAGGAUCAGGAGAAGCUGCUUGAUGAUGCUAUGAAGGAGGUGAAAAAACAGUCCUUCCAAAUGAAGCGAUGUUUGGACAAAGCUAAGUUGAUGGAUGGCUUGAAGCAUGCAUCCAAUAUGCUGGGUGAAUUGCGUACAUCCAUGCUCUCUCCUAAAUGUUAUUAUGAACUCUAUAUGAGCGUGUGCGAUGAACUUCGCUAUCUGGAGCAACAUCUAUGUGAUGAGUUCACCAAAGGUCAUAAGAUGACUGACCUGUAUGAGUUGGUGCAGUACGCUGGAAACAUCGUGCCAAGAUUGUACCUUCUUAUCACUGUUGGUAUUGUGUACAUCAAGUCCAGUAGCACCUCUAAGAAGGACAUCUUGAAGGAUCUUGUGGAGAUGUGUCGCGGUGUCCAGCAUCCACUCCGUGGGCUCUUUCUCAGGAACUACCUUCUGCAAGGAACCAGAAAUACACUACCCGAUGUUGCUGAAGAGGGGGAAGAAGGCUCUGGUUGUAUCACUGAUGCCAUGGACUUCAUUCUCCUCAACUUCUCAGAAAUGAACAAGCUGUGGGUGCGCAUGCAACAUCAGGGACAUACCAGAGAACGGGAAAAGCGUGAGAAGGAACGAAUGGAGCUGCGUAUUCUUGUUGGCACUAACUUGGUCCGGUUGAGCCAACUGGAGUGUGUUGAUGUAGAGAGAUACAAAAAGCGUGUUUUGCCGGAAGUACUGGAACAGGUUGUCAGCUGUAAAGAUUAUAUUGCACAAGAAUACUUAAUGGAAUGUAUUAUACAGGUGUUUCCAGAUGAGUUCCACUUGCAGACGCUGCACAGCUUCUUGAAGGCCUGCGCUGACCUCAACUCUAAUGUCAAUGUUAAGAACAUAAUAAUCGCUCUUAUUGAUAGAUUGGCAUUGUACGCCUCAAGGGAUGACACUACUGGUAUCCCCUCAGAUCUCAAACUCUUUGACAUUUUCUCUGAGCAAGUUGCAGCCGUUGUCAAGGCUCGUAGUGAUAUGCCAGUGGAAGAUGUGGUAGCUCUGCAGGUGUCGUUGAUUAACCUAGCUCUAAAGUGCUACCCUGAACGAGUUGACUACAUUGAUAAAGUCCUCAAGAACACGAACGAAAUCUUUCAAAAAAUGUCUGUGGAAAAAUUGAAGAGCAACUCUCCUGUCUGUAAGGAACUCACCCGAAUGCUGAAGAUUCCAAUUGAUACCUACAACAACAUCCUGACAGUGCUGGAGCUGAAGUCCUAUGGCGGUCUCUUUGAAUUUCUCGAUUACGAACCUCGCAAGGCCAUCAGCAUGUACAUCAUAAACAACGCACUGGAUCACAACACCAUGGUGGUGAACCAGGAAGCAGUUGACGGCAUUCUGGGAUUGGUGUCUACUCUGGUCAAGGAUCAAGAGGAUCAACCAGAGGAACCGGAUGACCCAGAAGAUUUUGCUGAGGAGCAAGGCAUGAUGGGAAGGUUUAUCAAUUUACUCAAUGCUGACAACCCUGACCAGCAGUACCUGAUUUUGAAUGCAGCGCGGAAGCAUUUUGGUAGCGGUGGUAACCAACGUAUCAAGUUCACAUUGCCGCCACUUGUUUUCUCCAGCUUUAGACUUGCAGUAAACUACAAAGAACUUGCAGAGGAGGAUGACAAAUGGGAAAAGAAAUGCCAGAAGAUCUUUGUUUUCUGCCAUCAAACAAUCAGUGCUCUAAUAAAAGCUGAACUGGCAGAGCUUCCUCUGCGACUAUUCCUACAGGGAGCCCUCACGGCAGGCGAAAUAGGCUUUGAAAAUCAUGAAGGCGUUGCGUAUGAGUUCAUGUCACAGGCUUUUUCACUGUAUGAAGAUGAGAUAAGCGACUCCAAAGCACAGCUUGCUGCAAUUACUCUUAUCAUUUCAACCUUUGAACGGAUGAGCUGUUUUGGACAAGAGAACCACUCACCUCUCAGGACGAACUGCGCCCUCGCCGCUUCAAAACUACUCAAGAAGCCAGACCAGUGCCGUGGAGUCGGUAUCUGCUCACAUUUAUUCUGGUCCGGAAGAACAACGGAAAAUGAUGGAGCUGAGCUUCAAGAUGGUAAGCGUGUUGCAGAGUGCCUCAAGAAGUCAUUGCGUAUUGCCAACCAGUGUAUGGACAACACUGUACAAGUACAGCUAUUUGUAGAGAUACUCAAUCGUUAUAUAUACUUCUAUGAAAAAGGAUGCGAACAGAUUAAUGUUCAACUGCUAAAUCAAUUGAUAGAGAAGAUUCGAGAAGACCUACCAAACCUAGAGGAGAACGAGGAGACAGAACAGAUCAACAAACACCUGCAAACAACAUUAGAACACAUUCGAAUGCAACAAGAAACACAACAUGACGAUGGACCAUUGUAUGAAGGAGUUGUACUCUAGAGGGUGACAUUUAAAUUUUAACAUUCAUCAAGAAAUCCUUUUUUCUCAUCUAUGUACUCUGUGUAUUUCCCAUUCCUAUAUGUGUCUUAAAUAAUUCCAGUAUUUUUUUUUUUUUAUUAAAAAAAAGAAUGAUUAAUUUUCCAAUGAAAAUAUAUAUAUAUAUAUUAAUCAAUUUUGUGUUUUUUAAUCUCAAAUCCAUCUGUUCUUUCUUAAUAUGGGACAUUCUCGAUAGUUGUUUCCAGUUUCCCAGUUAAAAAUUUAAUAUUUAUCUGCUUAAAUUAUAUCAUCAUCCUGCAAAGCAAUGUGCAGAUAUUUUUUGAAGAGAUGAUAAAUUUCCUUAUAAAUUUAAUGAAUAUUAUCAUUAGUUGGUCUCACAUCACUUCAUGGCAGAUUUAUCCAGGCCCUGCUAAAUUGUUUAAAGUUACAGAAAAAAAUUGGGAGAAAAAUUACAUUUAAAUUUUUAGUAUGAGGAGUGCCAUUUGCUGCCAUCUAGAAGUGCUAUGGAUAUAAAAUGUUGUAACGUGGUUGGGGUUGAAGUGAUCUGGGCAUUCCAUCUGUAAAAUUUACAUUCUGGGCCCCAAAAUUCCUUUGUCCACCACUACAGAUAUUCUUGCGAUUCUAUAUAAUCAAAUAAACUGUAGAGCAGUUUAGCUAGAUGGUAAACCCAAUCCAGCUGAAUUGACAGCUCAAGUGGUUUCGGGGACUCUUUCAACAUUAUUUAAUUGAAAAAUGCUUUAACGGAGGGUUUGUGGCUGGUAUUAUGCCGGAUCUGAUGUUUACGUCAAGCUGAGCGCCAAUCAACAAUUUCCUGUCAAUUACCGGCCAUUUUUUUGACGUGACCUGUCAAAUACCGAUUCAAAAUGUUCCAAUCAAAUUUCAAACAAAUCUAAUAAAUUCUGACUGACAGACUUUUUUGCUAUGUAUGUGAUCUAAAUAUUUUGUUGUCUGAACAGAUAAAUAUAUUUUAAAUUUGUGAUGUAAACCCUAAGAAGAUAUUCCGUAGGAAGAAAUGUGUGUUAACCUAGGAUGGAAGUCCAUAGCAUAUAGAACAAUGCAAAUCCUCUGAUAAAUUUUACACUAUAAAGUAUUGAUAAUGCUAUGAAUGUAAGAAUGAAAGUUAUGUGUUACGAUCUGAUUAAAACAAAUUAUAAUUCAAGGUUAUCAAUGUGAUAAACUUGUGAUGUCAUUCCCAGUAAUAAGUAGGCCUACUACAAUAGUUCCUUGGUUUGCAAGUAUACUAAAUUGAUAAAAAUGUAUUUUGUGUAUUAUUAAUAUUAUAUCAAAGGGAAAAGCUCUUAGUUUUAAUUGCAAUGUAUUGUUAAGAUUAUGUAUGGUGACUGUCUCUGAUGUACCAAUGUAGGUCUGUCUGUUUUUUACUUGCUAUUAUAAUCAUAAUUAAGCGUAAAGACAGGUGCUGUAUCCAUUGUCUGCUAGGGUUUCAGAAUGUAGCUUAUAGAAAAUCACAAAUAUUUAAUAAUUCUCUAAAAAGGGAAGCGAUAACCCCUGACACGGCAACUAACUUCUCUGCAGUAAUAAUCUGCUAAUUGAUCACUGUUAUAUUAAGCCUUACACACCUGAAAAUAUGUAUAUGAAAUUAAAAAUAUAUAAUAAUACCA